ACUGCUUCCAAAGAACAGCUGCAAGUGCCAUGUGGAUCCUACCCUGAACUUUCCAUUCAGGAGUGAACUGAUUGGGAAACCUUAUGCCGUCAACUUCAUCCCAGAAAUGAACACAUCACAGCUAGAGGAACUUAAACGGCAAAGGGAGCAUGAAUAUAAGAAACACAGGAUAAGAAUUUACAAUCCGACAGAUAAGCUUAUUAUUGCAAAGGCCAACUCUCCUCUGCAGUACCCUACUCAAGGGGUGGAAGUUCGUCCCCUUCAAACCAUCCUUAUUCCAGGUCUAAGUUUACAAGAUUCUCUCAGGAAAGUAUUCAAGGUGAGCCUUUCAGGUACCCUAGGAACAUUUGAUGUUGCCGCAGAAGUAGAAGGUGUGACAAUAAAAGGAGCAGGAGAAAGACACAUUACAUUAUCCAGCCCAAAAAUGGACAAUCUGAACCGACAACUUCAGUUAAUUUCAUAUACCAACACUAUUUUCCACCCCAACACAGCAGACACAGGUUGGUAAUCAUAUGACUACUAC